CUGGCAGCUCAUGUGAUUUUGAUUGCUUGGUGUGCGUCUGUGGUACACCGUUCGUGAGGAGUGAUGGAGAGUUUGUGAGGUUUUUUUUUGCUUGCAGCCAAUGGGAAGAGGAACGGCGGAUGCUCGGCAUGAGUUAUCAUGCCUCUGGAUGGAAUCUCUGAACGUUUGGUGGCUGAGUCUCGUGUGUGCAUAUGUUUUCUCCCAGACUCUGAGAUGUUGGCUGGUGGAUUCGUUCGGCACGCUCAUGCGGGUACCGGACGGGGGGUUGUUCACUCACAUUUCUCACGGUUGGGGGUCCAUCUCGAUGCCUUUGGACCCAAAGUAGAGGUUUCGAAGAAGAUUCCCAUUAAAUUGUGAAGGGAUUGUUAAAGAGUGACACUUGAUGUUUUGGAUUGGGAGUGGUCGUUAUGAUUGCUCCUGGUUCGUCAGCUUGCGUAGGUAUUG